UCAUUUUUUGCAAUACUAUCUGAAAUGCAAAGUAAAAGAAAAAAAAAAACCAGAUGAAACAGAAUUUGUCGGAUUGAAUCUGUGGCUCAAUUGCAUUGAAUGAAAACAGAGUUUACAAAAAGUAAAUAUAUUACAACUCUCUGUUAGUGUUAAGAGUAAGGGUUAUCCAUGACGAGAACGAUGGGGAAUACUUUGAAAUUGUAUGUGGUGGGAGAGGAUGGGGAGAAAAUGUGGUCGUUGGGAGUGUAAGGCUCCCAUUAAAGGUGAAUAGCCAAUUUUUGCGACGGGUAAGUGAUAAGCCUCAUGCAGUUUGUGUUCCAAUCCCGGUUUAAAGCCCCUGCCGCCUGCCACCACGCAUGAUUUCACAAUUCGAGUAGUGGAUAGUUCUUGAUUGUUCUGCUUCCUUUCUCUGUGACAUUUCAACAAACAAGUACAGGUACGACUCCCAGGACCAUCUGGAUUUAGCGUAGACAGGUGAGGUGGCAAUGAGUUUCAGGGACGAAUCCGAGGAGCUGAAUAAGCCGCUCCUACACACGGGGAGCUGGUAUAGAAUGGGCUCGGGCCAGUCCAGCAUCAUGAGCUCGAGGCAGGCCAGCAUCAUGGGCCCCUCGGCCCAGACCAUCCGCGACCGCUCCGUCUCCGUCGUGCUCUGCGUCCUCAUCGUCGCCCUGGGCCCCAUCCAAUUCGGCUUCACCUGUGGGUAUACGGCCCCUACGCAAGCUGAAAUGAUUGACGACUUGGAACUUUCCCUCUCACAGUUCUCUCUAUUUGGGUCUAUAGUGAAUGUGGGUGCAAUGGUUGGGGCGAUUGCGAGUGGUCACAUUGCAGAUUACUUUGGGCGCAAAGGGUCCCUUGUGAUCGCUGCAAUUCCUAAUAUAAUUGGAUGGCUAGCAAUAUCGUUUGCCCCAGAUUCGUCACUUUUAUACGUGGGAAGGUUGUUGGGAGGAUUUGGCGUUGGUAUAAUAUCUUACACGGUACCAGUAUAUAUAGCUGAGAUUUCACCUCAAAACACGAGGGGAAGCCUUGGAUCUGUGAACCAGCUCUCAGUGACAAUUGGAACAAUGCUUGCUUAUCUUUUGGGGAUGUUUGUCAACUGGAGAGUGCUUGCAAUUUUAGGAAUUUUGCCAUGUGCAGUAUUGACACCUGGUUUACUUUUCAUACCAGAAUCUCCUCGAUGGCUGGCCAGAAUGGGGAGGACAGAAGAUUUUGAAGCCUCAUUGCAAGUGUUACGGGGUUUCGGUACAGACAUUUCAAUUGAAGUGAAUGAAAUCAAGAGAUCUGUAGCAUCAACAAGCAAAGGAACUACAAUAAAGUUUUCAGAUCUCAAGAGAAAGAGAAAUUGGUUUCCUUUAACGAUAGGGAUUGGAUUGCUUGUGCUCCGGCAAUUUAGUGGUAUCAACGGCGUUUUAUUCUAUUCAAGUAGCAUCUUUGAAACUGCAGGGGUAUCAUCAAGUAAUGCAGCAACUUUUGGACUUGGUGUUGUUCAGGUUAUUGGUACUGGGAUCUCUACUUGGUUGGCGGACAAAGCUGGGCGCAGGCUGCUUCUUAUUGUAUCAUCGUCUGGAAUGACUCUUAGCCUCUUCCUUGUUGCAAUUGCUUUUUAUCUAGAGGGCGUUGUAUCAGAAGAUUCUAAUUUAUAUACCAUGUUUGCUUUACUGUCAGUCGUGGGGCUUGUGUUGUUAGUGAUUACAUUCUCUGUGGGAAUUGGACCUCUUGCUUGGGUUAUAAUGUCAGAGAUACUUCCGGUGAAUAUUAAGGUCCUUGCUGGCAGCAUAGCAACAUCGGCAAAUUGGCUGACAACCUGGGUGGUCACAUUGACUGCAAACUUACUCUUGAGUUGGAACAGUGGAGGUACCUUCACAAUUUACGCCUCUGUCUCUGCUUUUACUCUUAUCUUCGUGACACUUUGGGUUCCUGAAACUAAAGGCAAAACUAUGGAAGAGAUUCAGCGGUCAAGCAUGUAUUCGUCUGGGCACAGUUUCUGAAGUGAAUAUCAUGCAGGAAGCAUCACGUAUAGGUGCAGUUACACAAAUCGUGUCCAUAAUUACUCUUUAGGCUGCCUGUAAAAUUAUGCAUAUGCCUACGCGUACGGUAUGUUUGUGGUCUUUCCAUCAUAAUUUAUAAAAUUAUUUUAUGUAGGUUAAUAAAUGGUUGUUGCCCUAGGGUUUAGUCCGAGUCUAUUUACGCAUGCAUUGUACUCCUAUACUGACUUAAUUUGAUUGAAUAUAAUUAUGAGAAAGUGAUUUUCUCUUUCUCUUUCUUU